GUGCUUUAAAACAUGGCGGGGAAAGCUUGAUAGAUUCGGUGUACAGUAGAACUGUGUCGACCAAAUGUAAUGUUUUGUCGCUAAAUACUUUAGGCCAAUGACGAUAGUCUGUUUUGAACUUUUUAGCUAACCUCUCUGUUGCUCUCACUAACGGAAGUUAUUUAGUCGUGAUGCAAAAAACUGAGGAAGCUGAAGGCGCUCAACAGUCGCUGGUUUUCUUUGACCUGGAGACGACUGGACUGGAUCCAAAUUGUGAGCUCGUCCAGCUGGCUGCGGUGAGUGGAGGCCACUCGCUGAACCUCUACGUCGUCCCUCGCUGUCGAAUGCAGCGAGGAGCUUCCAAGGUGACCGGCUUCAAGGUCCACAGGCAGAGGCUGUACCUGCACCGGCAGCCUGUUCUCACCAACUCCCUCAGAGAGGUGCUCGUCUCCUUCAUAGCUUUCCUUCAGAUGCUCGGACGGCCUCUCGUCGUCGGCCACAAUAUUCGCCGCUUUGAUUGUCCGCUUCUGGCUCGCGCGCUGGAUGAAUUUGGUCUCAGAGCAGAAUUUGAGUCCUCGGUCUCAGGUUGCGUUGACACUCUUCCGCUGUCACGUGAGGUACUGAGGGACUAUGGCCUGGAGAGUUUUCGACAGGAGAACUUGGUCAGGGAGCUGCUGGGUGUGAGCUACAAGGCCCAUGAUGCUCUGGAGGACGUGCGGGCUUUACAGGCACUGUAUGAUGUUCUUCGGCCCAAGCCGGAGGUGAUCUGCAGGCACAGAUUUACUCUGGACACCAUGGACGACAAAGCAGCUGCCAAAGUGCCCUACAGACUACCAGGACAGCGCCCCCUGUGGGAGCACUUUAAACAGACCGUGACGGUUACGGAGGAUCACAACAGAACCUGAUACAAUUUUAAAUCUACCAUUUAUUAUCUGAGAUUUAAGAAAUUAAUAAUAAAAGAAAAUAAGUAAACAUAACGAAAGUCUGUACACUGGAUAUAAGGAAAUAAAACUUUAUGGCACUUUUCUAAAACACAAAGAAAGUUCUUAUUCAGGAGUAGUUUUAGGUUGUGGCGGCAGGUAAAUGCAUAGAUUUACUGAACAUGACUGAAGAUGUUGCCGGUUGCAGCUGAUGAUUUGGAGCUUUUAGCAUACAUCAUCUUUGUUUCUGCCAACGAGCAGGCAGGUCGUGUUCAUUGUGUUUUUUCUUAAUAUACAAAUGUCUGUUUGUGGUGUUAUAAAUGGUCAAUCCAUAGGGAGUGGAGGGUAGAUUUUAAAAACUCAUCAUUGACCCAGCAGCUUUACUUUCGUUAUUAUUUUUUUUUUUCAGUAUUUCAUAUUAAUUUUUCCAGCAUAGAAAACCCCAUCAACGAACAAAUACAGCUCAAGCGCUGAGAUAAUAGGACAGGAAAUAGCACAAUAAUAAUAAUCAAUACAGAAAUACAAAAAAGGGAAAAAAAAUACAUUAAAAUUAAAAACUACCAGUAUCCAUAAUGAAUUAAAUGUCAUGAAUAUGUAAUAAACAGGGAAAUUGCA